ACUAUGAUUUGAUUUUUAGGUUGGUUGUGGCAGUCAUCGUUAUUUUUGACAUUUCUAACACAACACUCUACAUGCUUUAGGAGAAAACAAAUGGCAAGCAGUAGCAGCAGCAACAUCAGCAGCAGUCGCGUCAAGGGUUUGCAGCGAGGAUGCUCUCAGUUAUCAGCAAGUAACAAUCAGGCCAGGGUCUGUGUAUUCUCCUCUGCUUCGGGAGCCCAAAUGGACAGCAGCCUGCAUGCAUCUCCUUCGGCUCGAAAUGUAAUAAAUCAACGCUAGGUGCUGCUGCCAUUUGGGGAUCACGUGUCGGGUUCAUUGAUGCUCAGUGCUGGGUGCUCGAGAGAGAGGACCACCGCGGAUGAGAUCAGAGACAAUUCUAAUGUUUAUGAAGGCUGUUAAUGGAGAAGAGGUCGAAUGACAGCCGGGACGGUGGUUAUCACAGGCGGAAUUUUAGCAACAGUCAUCCUACUGUGUAUCAUAGCAGUGCUGUGUUACUGUAGGCUACAGUAUUACUGCUGUAAGAAGAAGGAGGAGUCGGAGGAGGAUGAGGAGGAGCCAGACUUUGCCAUGCACUCCCAUCUCCCGCCUGUCCACUGCAACCAUAAUGUAGUGGCAGCCGCCAAUGGGCCAGCUAUCUUCACCCCUCCCCUGGCCAGGAAACUCACCCGCUCCCAGACUUACUGCCCCAACUGCACGCACUCCGAGUUGCCCUUCUACCUGCAGCACCCUGAGGAACUGCGCAACGGCGGCGACCGCGUCAGCUACAGGACUGUCCAACAGGAGGACCUGGACUUGCCUAUGGACCUAGCCAGCUUCCGCAAGCUCAAUCUGACCCGUUCUGUCACAAUGAAGGAGGUCUUCACUCACAGCAGGAGCAUCAGCACCGAUGUGUAGCUGGGAAGACCAUGGACUCUGGCACAGGGGACUAUUUCCACAUACAGACACACACCCACACUCACACACACACAGAGACACACCUAUGUGCACACACUAACCAGCUUUUGAAUUUUGUAUGACUAUUUUCCAGAGUUCCAACGAGUUCAAUUGAAACCUGUAACUGUCCAAGGAAAAGUUGGCUUCUUCUUGUUCUUGCAGGACAAGGAUUUUUCUCUGUGUCUCCGAGAGAGAGAGAAAUUCCUCCAGGGCUCCCCCAGUCAUCCAUUUUGAAUCUUUCACCUCCUAAACACUUUUCUGGCCUCCUCUUGUCUUUUCCUUUGCUGCUAAAAUAGUCUCAGGAGAUAAAAGGAGAACAAGGGUUUGCUAAUAGAAAUCUGAUUCUCAGAUUGAAAUGUUUCAGCUAGUGUGAGCUUCACCUCUGGAGUCCCCUCAAUAUGUCCACCUAAAACUGUCUUAUUUCAUAGAACAUAGUUCACUAAUGAAAGCAGUUAUUCAUUUGUACAAAACAUUCAGUGGAAAUGGGAUAUUGAUGCCAUUUUGCUUUUUUGUGGAUCGAUAAUUGUGUCAAACAUGGUUGGAGGUUAAGGGGUUAAAUUCUCAUCUAAGUCCUCACCCUUUCUUCUAUCGGCACAUUCUUGAUCUUCCUUGUCACUCCUGCAUGUCUUUUCUUUCCCUUGCAUAUUCCUCAGCAUCAAAUAGGAGCGAAGAGCCUUCUUCUCUGGGCACUAAACAGUGAAUGAAGCCAAUGAAUAUAUUUGCUGUUAUCACUAUUGAGAGAAUCUUAUAAGGGAUGGCUGUGCUACACUCCAUCAGGCAUUACUAUUGUAUGGGUUUUUUUAAGACUUGGGGUAGUGCAUUUAAUGUUUUGUUUCUUUUUAUAAGGAAAAAAACGAAAGUGCAGAUUUUAAUCUUGUGCAUUGUUUUAUAUGGAUUAUGGAACUAGUGAACUUGUAUAUCAAUUUUUGGCUUCUCUGUGAAAAGGACUGGAGUGGUUCCGAUUUGAAGGCAAUGUCAUCAACAUACGAGAUGAUGUCAUUGUGUACAGCCACUGUUUUCUACUUAGUGUUUGAAUAGCAGUUGCUAUUACACAGCAAAGAGGCUGGUACUGGAGCUGAUUCAUUAUUUUCUGUUUUCUUUCAAAUGCAACUGUUGCAUUUGCUUUAGCAGACCACACAGUGAUAUUAUAAUGCAGGUUCCUUUUAAUGUCAGUAAAUCAUAGGGAGAAAGUAUAUACAUUUGUCUUUUCUUUCUUUUUAUUUCUUCGGUUUUCUUGGAUGUUUCUUUGUAUUGAUGUUCGUGUUCUUGGACAGUUCAAAGCCUUUUCUUUUAUGUAUCUCGCCAUUUCAUGCUAUCAGUAAAUGCAGAAAUGUUACUGAAAAGGUUGGAAUUUAGAAGAGUAAAUGAACACAAUGUUGAUAAUAAAAUGCAGUGAAAAUCAAAUGUGGAUCAAAGGGUAGAUGUUCUUUUACAGAAUGUUUCAUCCCAGCAGCAUGUUGUGUGCAUUUCCAGAACCCUGCUGGCUGGUCUUCAUAAUGUAAGUGAUGUUCUCAGCUUUGAAAAACAUGGGAAUUUGAUGGGAUGCAAUGUGGAUUGUAAUGCUCCUGGGCUACGUACAAUGUGACAGUGUUUACCACAGUGUGGUAAGUGACCAGGAAUAAUCCCAGGGUUUAAAGGAAGUUGAAGGAACUGAAUUUAUUUACCCUAGAACAAAAAAUAAUAAGGGGGGACAUGAUUGAAAGGAGUUGACAAAGGUAACCCUAACCAAUACUUUUAAUCACAACACAGAAACCAGGACCAAAAGACACAGUUGGAAAUUAAAUGGAGACCGACUAUGGACAGAGGGUAGGAGGCUAUGGAAUAGGUUACAUAACCAUGUUGUUGAUGCUGAAUCAUUGAGAUCCUAAGACUUGACAAAAGUUGGAGAUCAAUCAACUACAAGGAGCCAGACGAGCAUUGAUGGACCAAAUGGCCUCCACGCGUCAAUACAUUUUCUGAUGGUCUUAUGUCCUCCUGAUCUGCAAGCAGUCGACUAGGGUCCCACAGGGUCUCAUAAAUGUUGGUCUUAACCAGUUACAAAUGUAUAGCCCCUAACCAUAGCCGAAUCCUAUAUAGGUGUAAUUUGAAUUAUCUAAGAUAAGUUUCUCCCCUCACAGGGGGAAAAUGCAAUAUAAAAACAGCACAUGCAUUAUUUCCCUAGGCUAUUGAGACAUAGGCAGUUUAGAAACUCCAAAUUCUCUCCUCAUUGUAAUGAGAAUGUGACAUAGCAUAGACAUACCACGUGCAUUCCUCAUGCUAUAGGAAGUGUGCGGCCAAACCAUGCUACACUUUCUUGCGCUAAAAAGAUGUGCAAAUUGAAGCUAUUUUUUGUUGGCAUGGAAACCUUUCCGAAAGCCAUACCUUAUGCUAACAAGACUUCAGUGAAGAUCCCGUUUGUGACAUAACCUUGAGCAACUUUCAGCUAAAGUAGCCCUGGCAAGCUAUUUGACCAAAUGUCAAAAAAUAAGCAUACAGUACGAGGAGUUUAGAGACCUCUUCAUUCCGUAUUUCUUUUUUAUGUGACACUGUUUAUAUUUACACAGUAAAAUCAUGGAAUUGAGGUCCCUACAUUAUCAUCAUAGCUUAUUGCCAUUUGACUCAGAAAAUGAUAGUGCUUUAUAGUUUAGUUGUUUUAUAAGCAAGGUUAUAAAAAAAAUACUGAAAUGCAGCCCUUCGCAAUAAAUAAAUAACAAAGCCCUAUGCAAAGCACCAAAAUAUUUUUUUUCAUUGUUAUCUUCGUGUUUGGUCAUUGGAUAGCUAAUUGCUUUAAAGGGUACAUCAGCACUACAUGAAAUAUACAACAUAAACUAUCCCACCUUGCUGUUCCGAAUUUAUUUGGUCAUUGUAUAAUAAUCCGUAUGCGCCCAAACAUCUGCAUAAUGCCACACUGCUAUGUCGAAUCACUGUUCUCGAGCAUCUCUUCUGAGCCAAAAAACAUGACUUCCACAUGUACCCUCACAUGUGCUCUGAAACGUACUGGUGCGUGCCCAAUGAAGCGUUGUAUAAGCUAUAUUAACUCUGUGUGGAAACACUAGUCUGUGUGACAAACAUGGUCUGUCUAAUUUUCCAUAAGGAAGGAACUUGUACCUGCUUUUGUUUUUCACACUGUACAUGUUUCCUUCACAUGUUGUAUUUUGAUGUAUUAUUAUGAUUAAUGUUGCAUUCAAUUUAAAAAAAAAAAAAAAAAAGUCUGUGCUGUGUAAGUGGUUGCGGGAAAAAGAAAACCCAAGACAGUUGUUCUCUUUUCCAACUAAUGAACGGACCUACCCACAAUUAUAGCAGCACUGUGUUAUUUCUAUAUACGUCCCCAAAGUCUUAGAUUAUUAUUAUUUAUUUCUUAGCAGAUGCCCUUAUCCAGGGCGACUUACAAUUGUUACAAGAUAUCACAUUAUGUUUUACACAUUAUAUUUAUAUACAGUUACCCAUUUAUACAGUUGGGUUUUUACUGGAGCAAUCUAGGUAAAGCACCUUGCUCAGGGCUACAGCAGCAGUGUCCCCCACCUAGGAUUGAACCCACCACCCUCCGGUCAAGAGUCCAGAGGCCAGAGCCCUAACCACUCCUCCACACAGCUGCCCUUAGCUAUAGCUCCAGCUGAUUCGGAGUGUUUGCAGAAUGGAUACGUAUCACAUAAACUAGCUAAUGAGAUUUGGAAAUGAUGUAUUUACUUGCAGAAUGAGAUCUUUGAGGAUGAUCCGAUAAAUAUUGCAUUUUUUCAUCCUUCGUAUUUGGUUUUCAUUUGCAUUUCCUGACACAACACAUGCACAAUCAUCUACACACCAUUGAGUGGGAAAGUCAAAUUCACCCACAAAUUCCAUCUCCCUAUCAGUUUUUGAACAAUAUGAUGUUGGAAAUAUUGUCUGGCAUUAUUUCGGACAUUCCCUGUGUAUAGUCACACUGUGUUGCUGAAGAAAACUGGAAUUUAAACUGUUAAUGACAUAACUUCAAUAUGGCAGUGGAACGGUAUGUCUUUCUAUCUUAAUCAUAAAUAUUUGACAGAAAAUGGUGAUGCUUUAGUUGGUAAACUUACAUGGAACGCAUUGAUGGAAAUGUCCAGGGUGAUUUUUGACGCGUCUGUUCUGUCAAUUUUCUUUUUUUUUAUGAUUUCAAGGUGAAUAAACCCAGCUUGUUUCGUGCUGAUGUCAUGUUCAUACCUUCUGUAGAUACUAUUUCUGUCAGCACAGCGUUUGCCCAAACGUUCACAAAGUACCAGCUAACUUGGGAAAAUGUGGCUUCGACUUGCAUUCUGCUUCGUCAUACAUGCCAGGGACAUUAAACCCAAUCAGAAACCAGAACUGCUCCGCAUCAUAUUCCACAUGUAAAGUGUAGAUACUGAGAUUUUUCCCCCCGAUUUUUACUGAUGUUUCAAUUAAAAACUAUUUUUUACUGAUUUUAUCCUCCUUUUAAUAUAAAAUAAACUCCGAAAAAUUCCUGGACAAUUUUUUUAAAUAUAAAAACCGAAAACACGGAACACUUAUUAUAUGACACAUGUAAUCUCUCUGCCAUUCAUUUACAUUGGGAUCCUACAAUAAUACAGUUUGGAUAACCACACAUCAUAAGGGUCUAUAGUGACAACGGUCUGCCACAGAGUCAGAUGACGACAAUUCAAACUUGCAUUGAAAGCAACAUAAA